ACGGCCCUUUAAAAGGCGCGGCGGCCUCUCCAAUAAAAUGGAUUGUUCUCCGCUUCCCUCACCGUCGUCAGAAGUUGAAGUUGAACUCUAGUCACCGCCGUGAGUUUGCAGCGCCGUCGACCAUGGAGAACGGCGAAGUCCCUGAGAACGCCAACGACAAUUGCCCGGGAACUCGUUCGGAGACGGCCGGAAAAGCGGAGUCAUGUCAAGGAUGCCCUAACCAAGAGGCCUGCGCCACCGCCCCCAAAGGCCCCGACCCAGAUCUUGUUGCAAUAGCAGAAAGAAUGGCUACCGUGAAGCACAAAAUCCUUGUGUUAUCAGGUAAAGGUGGGGUUGGGAAGAGCACAUUCUCGGCACAGCUCUCUUUUGCCCUAGCCUCCAUGGACUUCCAGGUGGGUCUUCUCGAUAUUGAUAUUUGUGGUCCCAGCAUCCCGAAGAUGCUUGGCCUUGAGGGACAGGAUAUCCACCAGAGCAACCUUGGGUGGUCUCCUGUAUAUGUGGAAUCCAACCUUGGUGUCAUGUCUAUUGGUUUUAUGCUCACAAACCCUGAUGAUGCCGUCAUAUGGAGAGGUCCCCGUAAAAAUGGGUUAAUCAAGCAGUUUCUCAAGGACGUUUACUGGGGAGAGCUCGACUUCUUAGUGGUUGAUGCCCCGCCUGGGACCUCAGAUGAGCACAUCUCGAUUGCGCAGUGCCUUCAGGUAUGCGGGAUAGAUGGGGCGAUCAUAAUCACCACACCUCAGCAGGUUUCCCUUAUCGAUGUCCGCAAAGAGGUGAGCUUCUGCAAGAAGCUUGGUUUGCCUGUCCUUGGAGUGGUCGAGAACAUGAGCGGGCUGUGCCAGCGGAUUGCAGACCUCAAGUUUGUGAAAAUGACCGAGACCGGAGAAGAGAGAGACAUGACCCAGUGGGCCAUGGAAUAUCUGAAAGAAAAGGCACCUGAGUUACUGGGCUUGGUAGCUUCGACUGAAGUUUUCGACAGUAGCAGUGGCGGGGCCUUGAGGAUGUGCCAGGAGAUGGGGGUCCCCUUCCUAGGGAAGGUGCCAUUGGACCCUCAGCUCUGCAAGGCAGCCGAGGAAGGAAGGUCGUGCUUUGAAGACCAGAAGUGUGGCAUCAGCGCCCCAGCUCUGAAGAGGAUCAUCGAUAAGUUGUUGGAAAAUCCAGGGCUGUCAACAUUGGCCAUAGAUAACGGCGCUUAGCUAACGUAAUGGAUACAUGUUUGCACAGAUUGUCAUCCUCGUGAUCAAGAUUUUUCAAUGUUCUUGUAGGUCGUCGUAAAUUAAGUGUCUAUGCUUGUGUAAUAUUCUGAUAUCAUUCGGCAUGGAAAUUCCGAAGUUGAAAUAAAAGAAUGUUACUUCGGCUAUUAUCUUUGCUU